UGGAAUCUUACGGAGAGCUCAAGGUUUAGGUCGUUUCUGUUACUAUUUUUACUCUACCGUCCAAAUAUCAAUGUGAGUACCUCGACAGGUUCAGAAUUCACGAUAUUGUUCUUGUUACUCUUGAGGUGUCUUCCAUUCGACCCAUUAGAGUUGGGAUGGCACAUUGAGGCCUUUCUAGUCCUACCGCUCAACAUUUUCUCGUUCCAAAGUUAUCUCGUCCCGACAUUCCAUCUCCAAGUGCCACUCUCUUGUCUACGAAGAUCUAGCGGGGUACCCUCCUUUUCGGUUCUCUCGGAACAUCUCCCCACAAAGUCCAAUUUCAUUUCUUGUCUGAUGUUUCUCCCACUGACUGAUCCCGUCAUCAGUAUCAUUCACCCAUCAUGGCCGACGAAUGGAAAGACAAAGUCGAGACCCGCACCGGUAUCACUCCUCCGAGGCCGGAAGGGAUCUCUGAGCUUGACAAGCUUCGGAAUGCCCUAGGUGCACCCUUCAAGCAAGCCGCUAGUGUUGUUGGUGCUGCAGUCCGACCAGUACCUAAUCAAACCGGGGAUGGGUCAGACCUUGAUCCAGAGAAGGAAAAUGCUAUUCUCAAGAGGGUUCUGGGAGAUAUUACGGAUCUGACCCACCUGAGAAUCGAAGACGCCGACACAUUACUGAAGCUUUCAUAUGCGAAGUUGACCGGAGAGCCAACUGAUGAUAAAACAUAUCUGAUGGAAGGCAUAAUCAGAGCAGCUGCCAAACUACCAGAUGGCUCCCAGUUUCGUGACAAACUCACGCACAAUUUGCUGACGACACUCUGGAACGACCUGCAGCACCCGCCGAUGUCGUACCUCGGAGCAAAAUACCAAUUCCGCUCUGCUAAUGGUUCCAACAACAGUCUCAUCCAUCCUCAGCUUGGCGCAGCCGGAACGCCAUACGCCAGGACUGUUGAGCCAAGGUUCAUGCAGACGCCCGCUCGUCCUGAUGCUGGGGUUGUUUUCGACAGCAUUAUGACAAGGAAACACCGAGAGCUCCACCCAAACAGGGUAUCGAGCGUACUUUUUUAUCUCGCUUCCAUCAUCAUUCACGACCUUUUCCGCACAGAUCACGAUGACUUUGCGAACUCAAUGACCUCAUCAUAUCUCGACCUCUCCCCCUUAUACGGUAGCAACCAAGAGGAGCAGGACUUCAUGAGGGUCAAGGUUGACGGAAAGAUAAAACCAGAUUGCUUUUCGGAACAACGCCUCCUUUUCUUCCCUCCUGGUGUGGGCGUCUUACUUAUUAUGUUCAAUCGUUUCCACAACCAUGUUGUGGCCAACCUUGCUUCGAUCAACGAAGGGAACCGAUUCACGAAGCCUACACCUCCAGCGGACCCGGCGAGUGAGGCUGCGGCUAAGUUGUAUAAACAGAAGCUUGCUAAAUACGACGAGGACCUCUUCCAGACUGGAAGACUGGUCACCUGUGGUCUCUACGUCAACAUCAUUCUGAUUGACUACGUCCGGACCAUUCUCGAUCUCAACCGCACUGACAGUAACUGGCAGUUGAAUCCUCGUGCGGAUAUGAAGGGUGUUCCUACAGCUGUAGGCAACCAAGUCUCAGCCGAGUUCAACCUAGUUUAUAGGUGGCAUUCUGCGGUGUCAGACCGAGACGAAAAGUGGACUCAAGAUUUGUGGGACGGCCUGUUUGGAAAGGGCAGGGAUCCCAAGACAGUCGACAAGUUUGAAUUCCUUGGGAAGCUCAGGCAAGUGGGCGAGAAGACACCAAAGGAGCCUGAGAAGAGACCUUUCGCUGGUCUAACUCGCAAAGAGGAUGGAACGCUUCCGGAUGAGGGCCUUGUUAAGAUCAUGACAGAGAGCGUCGAGGACUGCGCAAAUUCUUUCGGCCCGAACAGAGUUCCUGCUGUGAUGAGGGCGAUUGAAGUCCUUGGAAUUGAGCAAGCGCGUUCUUGGAAUUUGGGCUCACUGAACGAGUUCAGGAAGUACUUCGGCCUCGAGGAGCAUCGGACUUUUGACAGCAUUACAAAGGACAAAUACGUCGCCGAGCAACUCAAGCAUCUCUACGACACACCAGACAAGGUGGAGAUUUAUCCCGGUAUUGUGGUCGAAGACGCCAAGAUACCCCUCUGUCCUGGCUCAGGCCUGACACCAUCUUACACCGUCUCUCGAGCAGUCUUAUCCGACGCCGUCGCCCUCGUGCGAGGUGAUCGGUUCUACACUAUUGACUACAACCCGCGAAAUCUCACCAACUGGGGUUACCACGAGGUAGAUCCUGAUGUUGGUGUUGACCAUGGCUGCAUGUUCUACAAGCUCUUCCUAAACGCCUUCCCGAAGCACUUCCAGCAGAACUCGAUCUACGCUCACUAUCCUCUUACCACACCUGACGCGAUGAAAGUUGCACUCAAGGAUCUCAAGAAAGACCACCUUUAUAGUUGGGAUAAGCCACAGUUUACUCCCGACCCUCACUUGAUCCUCGAGUACAAGACCGCGACGGCUCUGAUGGAAAAUCAGGAUGGGUUCAAGGUGACUUGGGGUAAAGCUAUGGAGUUCCUCAUGGGUCCUUCUGCCAAGGACUUUAUGCUCGCAGGCGACGGGUCUAAGAACGCUGCCUCACGUAACAUGAUGUCCAAAGCACUUUAUAUCAGUGACUGGGACAGGGAAGUCAAGAAAUGGUACACUAGCAUGACGGCUAAGCUGCUUCAAGAGAAGGCAGCGAAGAUUGCAGACUUUCACCAGGUGGACAUCAUCCGGGAUGUUGGCAACCGAGCGCACAUCCACUUCUGCUCGGAACUGUUUAUGCUUCCCUUGAAGACUGAAGAGCGACCCCAUGGCCUCUUCACAGAGAAUGAGCUUUACCUCAUCCUAGCCGGCGUCUUCGCCCUCGUCUUUUUCGACCUUGAUGUCGCUGCUUCCUUCCCUCUGCACGUCAAAUCAUACGAUGCCACACAAAUGCUGGGCAAGGUCGUGGAAGAGAACGUGAAAGCCAUUUCAAAGAGUGGCCUCCUAUCUUCCGUCAUGAACACUAUCUGGCCGCAAGACUCAACUCUCAAGCACUACGGCAUCCACAUGAUCAAGCGACUUCUGGACAGCGGCAUGGAUCCCAAGACACUAACAUGGGGUCACAUCCUCGGCACGGCAGGCGGUAUGGUUCCAAAUCAAGGCCAACUCUUCGGUCAGACAAUCGAGUAUUUCCUUACGGAAGGCAAAGAGCACUGGCCUGCUAUCCAAGCUCUCGCGCAAAAAGAUGACGACGAGAGUUUCGAAACCCUGAUGCAUUAUCUCAUGGAAGGCUCGAGGCUGAAUGGCGAAACAGGUGUCUUUCGCUCCGCGGUCCAGAAAACAACAAUCCAGGACGCGGGUCGCACCAUCGAGGUCAAUCCUAAGGACAUUGUUUUCGUCGACCUUCGGGCUGCAUCACAUGACGCCACCGCCUUCCCCAACCCAGAUAAAGUGGACCUCACGCGCCCACUUGACGCUUACAUCCAUCUUGGCCACGGCCCGCAUCAGUGCUUGGGGCUGCCGAUGACCAGAGUCGCGUUGACGGCUAUGUUGAAGGAGGUUGCGAAGUUGCCUAAUUUAAGGACGGCGAAGGGAACUCAGGGUAAGGUGCAUAAGGUCACGAAGCCGUUGUUCCCUGGUGAGAAGUAUCCGUACCAUGUUUAUUUGACGGAGAAUUGGGAUAGCUAUUGGCCGUUCCCUUGUGCUCUUAAGGUGAACUGGGAUUAGGACUUUGAUACAUGAUGGUGCUUGGGUGUGAAAUAUGACAUGCGAACGAAGAUAAUUCGCAUACCCAGGCUGGGACCAGGUGGAUAGAAUUGAGCAAGGACCAUUCCUUCAUUUAUUCGAAGACGCCGAGCAGCAGAUAUUUCUGCGAAGUUGUAGAAAAAGAAGCGAACAUAUACCUUCUGAUGUAAGAAAUUUAGAGGUUCUCUUCGAGGAUGCUCAAACGACUCAGGUUUAAUUAGCUAAGGCAUGUGACGGUAUACCAAAACGGGUUUCCCCGAACUUGCCACGUGCUCAAGCAUAAGCUACAAGAGAAGCUACCAUGGCAAGUUCAGGUAUCCGUCAGAAACAGGCAAAUUCCAACGCAACAUGCUCAUCAUAUAGUAAUGUAAGAGUGUCU